UUCAAUAGAAUAAAAUAUCUAAUUUCACAGGAAUUUGUGAAACACCUGAACAACAAUGGCUGCUAAUAUUCAAGAUUUAUUACAAUGUCCAAUUUGUUUAUGUCAACUAAAACAACCACGUAUCUUACCAUGCUUUCAUUCCUUCUGUGAAAAAUGUCUUGAUACUCACAUCCAGAUCUCCUCACAAGGCUCACAGAGUUAUUUCCCUUGUCCGUCUUGCAGAAUCAUAACCAAGACACCCAAUACUCAUUCCAAGAAAUUCCCGCGAGAUUUUCGACUGAUCAAAUUUAUGGACGUGCUGAAAUCUGUUGUUGGGAAAAACAACAAAUCUCUCUGUGACAUUUGUAGUUUGGAAGAUAAAUAUGAAAACGCUGUUUCAUUUUGUUCGGAAUGUCGGAAACAUUUUUGUUUCGACUGCGAAAGAAGUCACAGAUCAAAAUCAUGUUUAUCAUCUCACAUGUUGCUGAAUGUUAAUAGAGAGGAAUCGGCCAAUCAAACCACACGAUACUGUAACAGCCACCAGGACGAGGAGCUGCGAUUCAUGUGUCACACAUGUGACCUUGACCUCUGCGUUGUCUGUGUAAUCAAGGAUCAUACAGAUCAUAGUGUCAUAGGUCGAGAUGUGCAGAUACAGAACAAUCAACGACUUAUUGCCGCAACAUUUCAAAAUCUGCAUCAUAAAAUCUGGAAAAUUCACGAGGAUUUGUUCAACUUGACCUGUUUCGAGGGUCGUCUGAAAGGUCGAUAUGCUGAAUCAAAAUAUCAGAUCCAGAAACAGGCCAGGAAGUUGAUGCAAAGAAUUCUGGGAGAUGAAAAGAAAUACUUAAAAGAACUGGAUGAAACAUUUCUUGAGAAAAGAACUGAAGUAGACGAAUUGAAAAAUAUCUUUCGAACUGAUCUGACGCAACUUGAAAUCUUCCAAUCCCAGUUAAGUUGUCUUCUGUCAUCUGCUGAGUUGGACGCAGGUCACCAGGAUCAACUUUUAGAACGAAUCAAUUCAUUGGAAACGGAAACCACUUUAGAAAAUUCUCCAAUUUUACAAACAUUCAAACGAUUUGUUCCUGGUGGUCUGUUUCAGCUCGGCAAAUUUGAAGAGAUCAGCCUAGAACAAGACACCAAUCAUAUUUCUAAUUUUGCCUUGGUUUCCAUGUCUGAUACAACAACAAUGGCAAACGGAGAAACACUGCUUAGCAGAUCUCAAAGUCUGAACAUAUUAGAGGAUCUAAAUCCCAUUAUUGUAAAAACACCGCAUAGGCUGUCAGAUGAAUCAGGAAUUAACGACACGGCAGAUGAAAGAGCAGCAAUGCACGACCAAUCAGGAACGAACAAAAACAAGAGAUUCGUUCAGCGUUAUGCAGUAUCGGUUCAUCCUAUAUGUACAUUUGGUCGUCAAGGAGAUUCUUCACAGCAACUAUGCCUGCCUUACAAUAUCUGUUUCACUAAUAACGACGAAAUAAUCGUGGCAGAAAACGGCAAUAAAAGAAUACAAAUCUUUGACAAGUAUGGUCAUUCACUGAAAAUCAUUGGUCAAGGUGAUAUGAUACCAAGGGGAGUAACUCUGUUGAAUUCAAAGGAAAUUGCGAUAACGGAUGAACUAACUAAAGGUGUAAAAAUUUACAACAUAAAGGGGGAAUUACUACGUGACUUUAUGCCACGCUGUAUGACAUUACCCUACGGAAUCACAUCAGCUCAAAAUGGUGACUUCUUGUUUACAGACAUGGUUUUUGAAACCGUGAGUGUCAUAAAACAAGAUGGAGAAUUGCGAUACCAGUUCGGUGGACAUGGAUGUUCAGACAAUUAUUUUGAUAAUCCUGGUAAUCUGAUUGUCGACAGACGUGAUCGCAUUCUGGUUUCUGACUCCAGCAAUCACAGCAUUAAAGUCUUCACCAAACAUGGACAUUUUCUUUUCAAGUUUGGUAGUUACGGCACGGGUCCCGGGAAACUACGCUAUCCUAAAGGUCUAGCGAUUGAUUUGUAUGGUAAUAUUUUAGUGGUGGAUUCUGGGAAUGAUCGUGUUGUGAUGUUUUCGAAAGAAGGCAGUUAUAUGGGCAUUGUUUUAGAUAAAUCACACGGGUUACAACGACCAACUGGUUUGUGCCUCAGUAAAACCAAUCUAUUGGCUGUGUCCAUGCCUGACAUAAGUGAAAUCAGGGUGUUUGCCAUUUCAUCAUGAACACUCGAAUAAGACCUGUCUUCAUUAGCCCAGUUGGAGCAGAACAGUAGGACAUUAAGCCCCAUUUCAUUUACUUAAGAGGGAGAGAGAAAUUGGGUCAAACGUUCACUCAGCGCAAACUAGGUUAUUUCGGGACUAACAUAUGGUUCAAUUUUUUAUUUCUGUAAUUCGCUUGCACAUAGGGAUCUUUACCACUAGUAGGAAACCGGAAAAAACACAUGGGGUUGGACAGGCAACCCUCUAUUCCUUGUCACGUACAAUCAGGGAAUUGAUACCAUGCCACCUGACUCAAUGGCAGACCUUAUGGUUUCACACACACGCAUUAAACCACUAGAUCACCCAACCCUCCUAAAAAACUUAACUAAAUUACAUAUAUUCAUUUCGCAGGAAGUGGGAUUUGU